UCCUGACUCCCGUCCAAACUCCCUACAUCUAAAGGGAGAUCUAGAUGGCACCAACUUUUUACCACUAUUCACCAGUGGCCAUGGAUGACACCUGCAAGGGAGAGAGAGGACAGAGACUGUGGCACCGCAAGGUUCCGCUGCCACAAGUGGCGUGUCUCCUGCUUGUGGUCCUGCUGCCUCUGGGGGUGCCUCUGGUCAUCUUCGCUAUGGAGGCCAACAGUGAGCGCUGCAAGGAUGGCCUCAGGGCAGAGAUGAACUGCCGCAAUGUCACCCAUCUCCUGGAGCUCCAGCUGGCCCAGGCCCAGGAGGGCUUCCUGGAGGCUGAGGCCCGGGCCACCAUCUGCAACCGUACUGCGAUGACCCUGGAGGUGGAGAAGGAUCAGGCCCUGAAUCAAACGAAGAAACUCGAGGGAGAGAUCAGUAAAUUGAACCUAAAGCUGCAGGACGCUUCCGCGGAGGAAAGAAAAUCAGGACCUAAGGUCGAGGACCCGGCACAACCACGAGCCGGACUCCAGCAGCUCCCUGGCCGCCGCCAGCUCCACGGCGCCGCGCGCGCUCCUGCUCCUGGGGCUGGGUCUCUGCGCUCUGCUGCUCUGAGGUCGCGGGACGCCAGCCACCUGGAUUGGUGCGCUUCCAGCUCUGCUUCCUGCUUCGACGAUCCCCGGAUCCGGCCAGCUCUGAGCCGGUCAUGGGGACAGCUCGGUUGGGGGGAGGCGCCGGUGGCAGUGCAGGGGGGUCUCUGGUACAGCCCUGGGGAUGGGGCAGCAGCUGAGUUGUGGCUGCCUUCCCCCAGGGGUCAGCAAGGAAUGAGGCCCUCUCUCUUGUCCCUGCUUCUCCUGGACGCGGACGCGGGGUGAGGGUGGGGUGGGGUACCUGCUGCUUGCUAACAUGGCUGUUUGGGGGAGUCUUUGAACUCCAAAAAAUAAACUCCC